CGGGAUCGGGAUCGGAGCGGAAUUAGAACGGGAUCGGAGCGGGAUCAGAGCCGGGCUCGGAUUUGGGAUUCUGGGGGAGAUGCAGGAGAACUACGAGAACGUCAUUUCCUUGGCCGAGGAAAUCGCCAUCAGUUGGCCGCGGAUCACCGCCUUCGCCGAAUCGCACCGGAGACGCGGCCUGGGCGCCGCGGCCGAAGCCGAGGGGGACCUGCCCCACCCCUCCCCCCCACCGGCGCCGCCGGUUCCGCCGGGGGUCGCGGGCGAUGGGGGAGGGGCAGAGCCGGAGCUGCGCCGGCAGCUGGGACGGAUCCUCCAGACGGCCGGGAGGAGCCGCGUGGAGAAAAUCCUGCGGGAAUUGGUGCGGGAGCAGGGCCAGGCCGGAAAACGCCGGAACCGCAGGAGAACGCCCAAAGAUGGGGGUGCCGGCGCCGAUAGCGGCUCCGAGGACGAUCCCACCGCUGCGGCCACCCAGGAACCGCCGGCACCGACCGAUCCCAACCCUCCAUCCGCCGGGAAGAACCGAAAACCCGCCGGCAGCUGCUCGGAGUGCGGCAAAAGCGCAGCCCAGCCCCGGCGCUGCUCCGACUGCGGCCGGCGCCGCCGUCAGCCGGAACGCGGCGGCGCGGCGGCGGUGGAAAAACCGCACCGCUGCGGCGACUGCGGCAAAGGCUUCAGCCGCGGCUCCAACCUGGCGCAGCACCGGCGCAUCCACACCGGGGAGCGGCCGCACCGCUGCGGCGACUGCGGCAAAGGGUUCAUCCAACGCUCCGACCUGGAGCGGCACCGGCGCGUCCACACCGGCGAGCGGCCGUACGCCUGCGGCGACUGCGGCAAACGCUUCAGCGUCAGCUCCCACCUGGACCGGCACCGCCGCACCCACGCCGGCGGGCCGGGACCGCCCGAGCAGCCCCGCGCCAGAACCAAAACGGCGCCGCCGGCGGUGGAAUCGGCGCCGUACCGCUGCCCGGAUUGCGGGAAGAGCUUCGGGCAGCGCUCGGCGUUGGCGAAGCACCGCAAGACGCACACGGGCGAGCGGCCGCACCGCUGCGGCGACUGCGGCAAGAGCUUCAGCCGCGGCUCCAACCUGACGCAGCACCGGCGCAUCCACACCGGCGAGCGGCCGUUCGCCUGCGGCGACUGCGGCAAAGGGUUCAUCCAACGCUCCGACCUGGAGCGGCACCAGCGCGUCCACACCGGCGAGCGGCCGUACGCCUGCGGCGAGUGCGGCAAACGCUUCAGCGUCAGCUCCCACCUGGACCGGCACCGCAAGAUCCACGCGGCCGAGCGCGCGUCCUACCGCUGCCCCGAGCACCUGGCCGGGUUCCUGGCGGCUCACCGCAACGGGCGGCUCUUCCAGUGCGGGCAGUGCGGGCGGUGUUUCGGUCAGGGCGCGGCGUUGCUGAAGCACCAACGCUCUCACGGCGGCGCCGCCGGCGGCACCGGCGGUUCGGCGUCGCCAAAAUGCCUGGAUUGCGGGAAAAGCCGGGGGUUGUGCCAGGAUUGCGGGCGGCGGCCGGAGGAGGCGGCGGCGGCGGCGGCGGAGAAGCCGUACAAGUGCCAGGAGUGCGGGAAGAGCUUCGGGCAGCGCUCGGCGCUGGUCAAGCACCGGCGCAUCCACACCGGCGAGAAACCCUACAAGUGCCAGGAUUGCGCCAAAGGCUUCAUCCAGAAGUCCGACCUCACCAUCCACCGCCGGAUGCACACCGGCGAGAAGCCGUACGCGUGCCGCGAGUGCGGCAAGCGCUUCAGCGUCUCCUCCAACCUCCUGACGCACCAGCGCACGCACCUGGGCGAGAAACCCUUCCAGUGCGCCGAGUGCGGCAAGAGCUUCAUCCAGCGCUCCGAGCUCACCAUCCACCGGCGCGUCCACACCGGCGAGAAGCCCUACAAGUGCCGCGAGUGCGGCAAGUGCUUCAGCCGCAGCUCGCACCUCAACCGGCACCAGCGCACCCACGGCAAGGCCGGCGCCGCCGCCUCGUCCUCCUCUUCCUCCUCCUCCUUCUCCUCCUCCUCUUCCUCCUCCUCCUCCCUGGUGCCGGCGGCGCCGGCGGCGCCCGGUUUGGCCUUCCCGGCGUUCCCGGGCUCCUCGGCCGUGCCGACGGCGCUGGAGCUGCCCUGGGCGUUGGCGCUGCCGGGCCGCGCGUUCCCGGGGUUCCCGGUGGGUAAUUAGCGCAGUGGUUAACGAGGGCCGGGCCCGGUUGGGUCAUUAAGGGGCAGGCGGGGUGUCGGCGCGGUUCCGCUCGGUUCCCGGCGUUCCCGGUGCUCCCGGUGCCCAACGGGGCUUGGCCAACCCGAGACCCAACGUUGGGUUUGGUCUCCGUUUAUUCCCGUUCAAUUCGGUGCCCAGUUAACGAUCCCUAAUUAAUUAGAGGUGAUUUAAUUGAUUAAUUCCAUGUGGGAAUGGGGAAUUCCCAUCAUCGCACGGCUCCGGUCGGUUCCCGGCGUUCCCGGUGCUCCCGGUGCCCAACGGGUUGGCCAACCCGAGACCCAACCUUGGGUUGGUGCCGUUGAAUUUUCAUGGCAAAUUAAUGACCUCAAAUUAAUUAGGGGAUGAUUAAUUGGCUAAUUAAUGAUGGCGGGGAAUUCCCAUCAUUCCCAGUCCUCCCAGUGCUCAACUGGGAUUGGCCAACCCAACACUGGGAGCUCUUCCUAACCUCCCACUCCUAAAUUUGGGGGGAAAGAAAAAAGCAAAAAUUGGAAAAAAAACCAUGAAAAAUUUGGAAGAAACAACAGAAAUUUGGAAAAAAACAAAAAAAUCAGGAAAAACAUAAAAAAUUUGGGAAAACCAGAAAAAAAAUAGGAAAAAAAACCUGAAUAAACCCCAGAUAUUGGGGAAAAAACACCAAUAAUUUGGGAAAACCCUCAAAAUUCCAGAAAAGAAACUCAAAAAUUGGGGGGAAAUUAAAAUUUUAGGAAAAUGCUUAAAAACUUGGGAAAAAAAAAAUGACCGAGUUCAGGGGGAAAAAACCUCAAAAUUAGGGGUAAAAAAGGAAAUUUGGGUCAUGAGUGGCACCAAAUGUGGGUUUGAGAAGAAAGAUUUUAUUUUCUUUUGAUUUUUUUGGAGUUUUUCCCAAUCUUUUUUUAGCUUUUUUUUUUAAAGAAAAAUUGAAUUUUUUUGGUCUUUUGUUACUUUUAUGACUUUGUAUUUUCAGAGUCGGGUCAAUAAAAAUCCGACUUUGAGCUGAAAAUGCCAAAAA